CUUCAUUAUCAGCGAACCGUUUUUGUUUUCCGUUUUUUUUUUCGUGGAUGAUUCAUGUUUUGAUUGUAAUGAGAAAUUUUAAUUCGUAUUCAUAUUUUGCCUGUGCUGUUACAUUUUUUUCAUUUUUCAUAUAUGAUUUCGUGUAAUCGUCUCAUUGUACAGUGUUCGUGUCUACUGUUAAACGAUAUCGUUCGAGAAAAUUCCACCGCACUGGUUGAUUAGUAGCUCUUGUUCCGGUCCAAAUUACACUGUCAAUGUACAAUACCAGAUGAUUUGAUUUUUCCAUAGAUGUCACAUUAAGACACUACUCGUGAACCGUAAUUGUUUUACCCUGGACGUCUGUAAACACAAUGGCUAAGGAAUAUGAUCAUCUGUUUAAGCUGUUAAUCAUCGGGGACAGUGGUGUUGGCAAAAGUUCAUUGCUUGUUCGUUUUGCCGAUAAUACAUUCUCUGGUAGUUAUAUAACAACCAUAGGCGUCGACUUCAAAAUCAGAACAGUCAUAGUUGACGGAGAAAAAGUGAAAUUACAGAUAUGGGACACAGCAGGCCAAGAAAGAUUUAGAACAAUUACGUCAACGUAUUACAGAGGUACACAUGGUGUAAUAGUUGUAUACGAUGUUAGCAAUGGGGAUUCAUUUGCAAAUGUCAAACGGUGGUUGCACGAGAUUGACCAAAAUUGUGAAGUUGUCAAUAGGAUAUUAGUUGGAAACAAAAAUGAUGCUCCAGAUCGAAAGGUAGUGCUAACAGAAGAUGCUCAAAGAUUUGCUGAUCAAAUGGGCAUCCAAUUAUAUGAAACUAGUGCCAAAGACAACAUAAAUGUUGAACAGAUGUUCAUGUCGAUUACUAAACAAGUAUUGCGGAACAAAAAGGAAACCAAGGAACGACAGGCGCAUCAGAACAAUGAUGUAGUGACUUUAAGAAAAGGUCACUCAAAAGGAGCGAAAAGAAAAUGUUGUUAAUUCCAAUUGUUGCUGUAAGUGUUUUCAAUUUUAAGCUAUAAUUAUUAUUUUUUUCUUUUCAAAUUUUGUUACCACACACAUUAUUUUAUUAUGUGAAUACACAAAGCUCAAAGUUUUUAUUUCACAUUUAUAAACAUUAAUAACAAAAUAAAACCAUAUUUUAGUUUCUAA